UCGCUUUGACCGGUUCAUGGCGUUUAUUUAUCUUUUUUAUCAAUUGUCAUAUCGUUAUUAUAUUUUCGAUAUCUUUGACCACGAUUUUAUUAUCCUGCUCAACCUGGUCGAUCAUUGUCAAAGUCCGAGCGUCUUCUCCAAGAUGUAUAAAAGUUGGAUGAAUUUCUGGAGGGGAUUUUGUCGUUAUAACCGCAAGGAAAACAGCAGUCUCCAACUCAAAUGGAUCCUCUAUGCUCAUAUAUUGAGAUGCUAGACAUCAAAGCUACUCCGAUUCCUGAGAGUAGCAUCAAACUCAGAAAACAGAACACGUUAUCCCAACUAGAAUACUUUGGCAUCAAUGGUAAUCCCAACCACGAAACGCCGGAUCUGACCUCAAGCCCCGACUGGAAUCUUUCCUCGACCCAUUCUUACUUGGGCUCCACUGAUUUGCAUUCAGUCUUUGAUCGCCAACCUACAGAGAUACUCAUCAUGAUUUUCUCUUUCCUCGAUUUCUCCGAAGCGAACCUUCUUGAAAUAAACGAGGGUCCGUGGGCUCUUGCUAGAGUGUGCAGGAGAUGGCGGGGGAUUGUCUAUGAUUGUUCUUUAUUCUGGCUCCAUGCCAACCUCGACUUGUCGUACUGGCAUUUCACUCGGAACUGGCCCAGUCGUGCGGACCUUUUGGUUUCUACUUUCCUCGACAAGUCCAAAGGACUUCCUUUGAACGUCCGAAUACAAUGGCCCGACAUUGAAGGUGCUACAAAUCACAUUCUAGAUGCCGUGGAACACAUCUUGAAAACCUCCCAUCGUUGGAAAUCAGCCGUUUUGAAUCUGCAUUACGCCUUAUAUUAUAAGCUCUCCUCUGUAAUCGACGGUAGAUUUCCCCAGUUGGAAUCGUUGAUGCUCAAGUGCAACCUACCUCCCAAGAUUUCGAGAAACUCCCUGCCCUUGAUUGAAGUCUUUCAGGUUGCUCCCAAGCUGCGCCAAGUCUCGAUCGAGGGUAUGCCUUAUGCUACGAAGAAUGUCACGCUUCCUUGGAAUCAGCUAACACAUUUGAAUGUCUACCACGACCACCCCAACCCGAAUUACCACUGCCUUCGCCUCUCAUCCAACUUGGUCGAGUGUCAUAUUGGCGCUCACUGCGAUUUGCUACAAUCUCCAAGAGGACCAUAUUCUUCUAUAUCUCUUCCUCAUCUCAAGACACUAUUCGUGAAAGGAACUGGGGCUCUGGUCCUUCCGUAUGUGUCCGCUCCCAACACUGAGGUUUUACAUGUCACCGACACACCGUCGGCAGCUUGCUCCGAAGCCUGUAUCGAGGCCUUGCAGUACUUCAUCCUGGGAUGUUCAGAGUCGCUCCAGGAUCUUACUCUGCAUUCGGACCCUCUUGAUUACCGCCUUGCAGAGAUCCUCUACUCGGUGCGCAGGUUGGUCAGACUCCACUUGCACCUCACACUGCCGAGAGGAAGCUCCUUAUUCAAGGAUCUGAUAAAGUGGCUUUCAUACAGACAUGUCCCGGAAUCGAGUUCAGCGACCUCAUUGACGGUGGACCUAUUAGGCCUAUUACCUGUCUUGAAGAGUUUAUCGAUGCGUAUUGAUCCCUCCUUGGCUGACAGUGAAUCUCUGGAUGAGAUGGACCUUACAGUUUUGAUUAAGAUGCUGGAAUCGCGUCGGACGAUGCCUCGGAUUAGUGAGGCUCAUCGUGAUUUCAGGGAGCUUGAUUCGUUUGACUUGGAGAUCAAAAGCUAUUCGCAUGGAACAGGAUUUAACGGUUUCGAUGCGUUGAACGAUAUUGGUUUGAAGACGAGCGUGAGGUUGAUACGGUAACUCGCAUAUCGAAUCAUUUUGAGGCGGGCUACCUCUACUAAUCUAUGACUGACUAUACUUAUUCCUUAUGAUAUAUUAUGCAUGUUUAUUCUAUGGAUCCCAGUGCAAUAUACUGGUCAAUCUGACUCAACCA